AUGACUGAACAAGGCAUGAUGAGAGGGGUCUGGAUUUUGGCUGUUCUCUGGAUGCUGUGUGCUGGAAUAGAGGCUCAGAACAGGUCUCGGAGUAGGGUUCAGCAAAGCAAAUCAGAGGUGCAGAGUAACAAGCGCCCUCCCUUCAGGUCAUGGAACAGUCAGAUGUACCCCAUCUGGAAAGGCAGCGAGUCACAGAAAAGAGACUGCUGGAAAGGAGGUCAAGUGACCUUUAGUGUCCAAAAUGAUGCUCCAACAUUGACUGGUGCCAAAGCCACUUUCUUCAUCCAGAUAAACUUCCCACAGAAUCAGACGGUGCUGCCUGAUGGACAAGUUGUCUGGAACCAAAACCGCACUGACAAUGGUACCUGGACUCCAGUUUACCCUGACGAGGGGACAGAAGGUUCUGAGUGUAAAUUUCCAGAUGGCAGUCCUUUCCCACAUGAUUCUGAGAAAAGGCGCAGCAAGUUUGUCUACGUUUGGCAAGCAUGGGGAAAGUACUGGCAGGUAGUAGAUGGCUCUUUCUCCAAUCUAACGGUAGAUACAGAUGGUAUUCCCCUCGGCUCAUACACCAUGGAAGUGGUUGUGUACCAUUAUCGUGGUCGACAAAAGUUUAUACCUAUUGGCAGCACCUCCUCUCAGUUUGUAAUAACUGAUCAGAUACCAGUUUCUGUAUCCAUAUCGCAAGUUCUUGACCUGGACCAGGAGGACCAGCGCUUUAUCCAAAAUAGAGCUGUGUCCUUUUCUGUAGCAGUUCAUGACCCAAGUAACUAUCUUCAAGCAGCUGAUAUUUCCUUCUCUUGGGAUUUUGGAGAUCAGAGUGGCACAUUUAUCACCCGAAACACAGCGGUCACCCAUACAUACAUUAUACCUGGCGUAUUCAAUGCUAAAGUUGUUGUUCAGGCUGCCAUUCCAAUCACUCCAUGUGGCGGCACUGCUGCUGUGGUAACAACUGCACAGGUGGUGACUUCUACAGCUGAACCUCCACAGCCUUCAACAGGAAGAGCUGCCAUAACCACAGCUGGUGGACAAACUGUUGCACCCAGUACUGCUGCAGUUUCAGUUAACUUAACCUGUUGGACACAGAAGCUAACUCUCUGGUAACUGUUGCUUCCCUAAAUGAAGAGGUUAAUGUGGAACCAGAACCAGAAGAGAACCCUGUGAUUGAAACUGUUGCUCCUGGAAAUGAACAGGCCUUGCCAGUAGAUGAGGAGGAAGCUGCAACAGCAGUUACGGCCAUAGAAGACACUGCUGCUAACCAGGAUGUAGUGGCUACAACACAACCAGAAGCUGUAGACCCGCAAGAAGGCACAGAGGCUGCCCAAGAUGUAAUUCCAAGUGAAGAAUCUAUCUUGACAGAAGAUGUGCCAUCAGACACUGCUCCAGAUCAGCUUGAAGUAAAUGCAACACAAGUUGCUGAGGGCACAGAAGAUGCUGCACCAGUUACUGAGGCUGCACAGGAUGUAGCUAGUACUGUACCAGCACAAGCUGUAGCAAAUGAAGCUGCUACAGAGGCUAAUGGUGAAGUGUUGCUGCUGGCCAAGCGUCAGGCACCAGAAGUACCCAGUGUAGGAUGCUUGCUUUAUCGUUAUGGCACAUUCGCAGCUAACCUGGAUAUUGUCUCGGGCAUUGAAAGUGUACAAAUUGUGCAAGUGGAGCCAGUUGUAUCAGCGGGGCUUGAGAAUACAGUGGACCUGACAGUCACAUGUCAAGGAAGUGUACCAAGACAAGCAUGCACUGUAAUAUCUGGCCCUGACUGUAAUAGUCCACAGCAGACGGAGUGCAGCCCAGUGGAACCCUCUUCUGAUUGUCAGCUGGUCCUGCGUCAGGCUUUCAAUGAAACUGGUGUCUUCUGUGUUAAUGUGUCAUUGGCUGAUGAUGUUAGCUUGGCUGUUGCCAGCACUCAAGUUAGUGUGUCAGCAGGUGCAGCAUCUUCAGUGAAUGGAAUUGCUGUUACAGUUGGUGUUCUCCUGGCUGCCCUUGCUGUAGCUGCUGUAGCUUACACUUACAGGCAUGUAAAGUCAUAUACCCCACUCAGAAGUGGCCAUGCAAGUGUUAACUGGUUUCCUGAACGUCAGUCUCUUUGGCUCUUCAUUCAAAAUGCCCUUGGACGCUCUGCAAGUGGGGAGAAUAGCCCCCUUCUAAAUGGUCGGGUAGUGUGA